AUGGAUCCUCUCAUUUUUACAGCACCCGCUCGUAUUCGCAUACUCCUCGCCCCCGUCCACCCCAUUAAGGCCACAACUUUUCGUCAGAAAGUUGAAUUAGUCAAGAAAUUCGCCGUUGUUAAACUUGGAGAUGUUACCCCUGAUAUGCGUGAGAAUCAACCUGAUGACACCAAAGGUUUGAUAAUGAUUCCAAAUGUUGGGAACAUAGAAUUUUAUAUGAGCACCAUGAUUUCGGAUUAUGCAAAUAAUAUUCUCACGGAGUUUGGAAACCUGGCAUCGAAAAUUGAAAAGAAACCAAUAAUACAAUCCCCAAAGAUUCCGACAUCAACUUCACCUGUUUUUAAUGAAAUUUUGCAAAAUGGCACGCCGGUACUUCCUUCACUCACACCACCAUCUCAAGCCAUGACUACUGCGGGAAUGGGGGGAACAACCGCUGGCGUUAAUCCAAAAGAUAACCCUUAUCAUUCGCGGCAGUUUUCCACGUCCACUAUAGCGAAUAUCGCGACUCAAGCUGUCGGUGUACCUAGCACUGUGUCUGACAUGAAGUUGAAAAAGAGGGCUCCAGGAAGAAGUCAGAAGUUGAUUGCUGAUUUGUAUUUAAUGGCCGGAAGGCUACCGGAUGCCAGGGUUGUUGAAUGUCCUUUCUUUUUCCUUGCUGAUAGUUACUCGGCGGCUAUUGAGACAACAAAAGCGAAUGGUGAUUAUUUGUGGCACGGCUCCGCUAUAGAAGGAUUAUGUGUGGGAUUGGUUCUUUCCGCAUACUUGCACACCGACGUUGAGUCGCACCUUAUUAUUCAAUCUCCUCCUUCCCCCGAUUCAAGCGCUUCGCCUCCUCCCCCGACACCUGAGUCAUUACCCAAAUCCCUUUGGGCAGAUAUAACCUAUAAAUAUGUUACCGUUCUCACACUUUAUGCAAAAACCACUAAUUCAUCCAACAAUCAAGUGCCUCCGUUAAUUUAUACCGAGGCAUGUUUAAAAAUUGCCAAAAUGUUGGCUAGCAUUUGGGUUUCUGGAGGAUGGGGUGACGAUGCACUGAAAUUAAUUGUCCAUGGUGGGGUUCCAGAGAAAGGGACGCAUGAUAAAUGGGGUUUGAGUUCUGUAAGCGGCGUGUCAAAAGUUGAAGUCACUCAGUGGGCAAUGAAAGGCUAUGGGCCAUAUGUUGAGCACUUGUCGAUCACAGAACAGAUUCACAUAACCACCACGCUUUCAUCCAUCUUCUCAAUAAUCAAUUUUCGUAGGAAGCAUGCAUUUUUCCUACGGCAGACCGCGUUGUUGAUAACACCGUUGCUGGCCAAACCUCGAGCCGGAUCACAAAUGCAGAAUAGGCCAUCACCCGUUAGUGAUGGGGGUCUGUUGAAAUGCUUGAAAAAGGUGACCGAAGUGUACGGCGUUGGAGACAACGUGGAUACUGAUGAUUAUUCGGUGGUAGUCGAAGACGCGAGGCCUCUUGCCUUCGGAUGGCCGGAUCUUCAGAUGGAUGUAUUAAAGGAUGCCAUAACGGUGACCGAAUCAUUACCCGUAUCUAUUCCAUUAGAUUAUCUUUCCAUAGUUAAGUAUACGACGAGGCUUUUGCGAAAGUUAUUUAUGUAUUUGCCGAGGGAUGAGCAACUCCGACUUUCGAGCUCUUUACCAAGGGUAGUUAAUGCAGGUAAAAGGCAAGGAUUGGAUAUGGAGUUCAAGUAUUGGGGACUGAACAUCGUACGAGGUAUCCAAGUAUGCCGUCCCACCUCUCGAAGAAUUCCUUAUCCACAUCCUAGUAAAAACUUGGAAAGUGACGUUGAGAAACCGGUCGAUCCAUUUCUUUAUAAAAGUUUCGAAGUGGCUAAAGUUGAAACUGUUCAGACACACUUGGUUGCCAAUGAACCAGCAUAUUUUCUGGUUACCUUGGCAAAUCCGUUUGCGUUCGAUUUAGAUAUCCAAAGCAUUUCCGUUAGCACAGAGGGGGUUGGGUUCACUCCAAAUCCCAUGUCAACCGUUAUAAACGCCAAUACGACGGUAACUUUGCGUGUAUCUGGCACGCCAACGGAUCCAGGCGAAUUGAUUGUUAGAGGUUGCAAGUUAAAAGUUCAUGGGUGCUUGGAACAAGAAUUUUGCGUAUAUCUACCUCCGACUGAGGAAGAAAUAAAAAAUAAAGAGAAAGAAGAAGAAUAUGACAAAAGGAUCAAGAAAUGGUAG